CAUCAUUGGCCUUUUGAAGCUACUUUUUACACUAGACUCUAGUUGUAUCAACAUGGAUAUAUCACCUAACACCCGGGACUCAGGUCCACCAGAUAACUGUAACGCAGUCCCCGCAAGCAUCUUCUUCCGGAUCUUUGCCUUCAGCUAUUCCGGAGUUUUGCGCUAUGACACCGUCCAGCCAAUGCAUUGCAUCCAGCGCAACCAAAACCUUCGCGAGCACAAGGAUGGAGUCAUCGCAGCACUGGCUCGUUUCCGUAAGACCAAAUCAGAGGAGUUGAAAUUUGUACAAGGAGCAGCAGCGCUCUCCGGAGCAGCAGUCAUAGGCGUCUUCUCCUGGCCCUCGACAGAAAGAACAAUCUGGGUGGCCAAGAUGCUCUGGAACUGGAGUUUAUUUCUCUCCUUCUUUGCACUGAUUAGCUCGGCGCACCAACGGGGUCUUCGUCGUCUUCCCGUGAACUCGAGUGACGAGCUCAGCGAUGCCGACCUGGCGAUAUGCCUCUGUUUAUUCCUGCAACCUCCUGCCCCGCCAGGGUCAGGGGAUAAGAUGUUCCAUCGGGGGAUCAGUCGCAAGAUGGUCUGGUUUUGGCAGUGCCCGACUAUGCUCAUGAGCUAUUCUUGGGUUUUAUUCUUGGUUGGGUACACGAUACAUUUGUUGACGCCGGUUUUUGAUGCUUCCCUGGCGGAGUUUACAACGAUCCCUGCGAUCGUCACUGUGUCUGGGUGCGCGAUUGUUGUCGGCAAUUUCUUUUUCUGUACAAAAUUGUGCCAGAGCCGUAUCUCAAAAGCCAGCGAUGGGGCCGGUGAGAUUGCCCCGAGGAGGUUGCCGGUAUGAAUAGAAGCGGCAUGAGGUUCAGGUACCUGGGUGAGGCACCGAAGAAGCAGGUAUGCUGAGGUCUGGCCCCUGGAACUUUGGCAUGCUUCUUCGAUUUGAGUUGACAUCCUCAACCGGUAUCCAGAGCGCACCUCCAUUGAUGGCUGCCAUCUCACACUCAUAGUGGUUGAGUCCUUGAGAAUCUCCCUUUCUAUACAUCCGGUGCUCGAUGAAUAAACGCCAAUUUCGCCCAGUAUGUGUGCCAUCAUAUCUGCGUAGGAGGAAAAGUCGAAUUGUUAGCUCCCUUGAAGGCCCAAGGGGAGGAUCUGGGUAGAUAUAGUUUGGACUUACUGAAACAUGAUGGAUCCCCGGGCAGUUUUUCCAGCCAUUGCUGCGUCUGGACCGUGGACUUGGAACUCAUGUCUCACCUCCCCUGUGGGAAACAGUGUGGGGUAGUAAUUGUACGUCAUUUCAUACACCAAGGGGAUGUAGCCGCAAAUCGUUGCCUGGACGCCUGGAAUCCUUGUCAGGAUUGCGUUCGUAACUUCUUCAAUUCUGUACUUGAACUGCAAGUAGUUUCGAGUUCGCUUCGUAUCGGGAUUCCAGCGCAGGCUUAUUGGGGUGUAAAUGAAGACCCGG